AUGAAGCUUAUCCCAUCCGUUCUUGUCGCUGCCUUGUCUCUCCAGGGAGCCCUUGGUGCCGCUAUCAUCCCAGGAACAGAGACUCCUCAGGGCCUCGAGUCCCGGACAGGCUGGAGAGACCACCUCCAGGACCUGGCGGACAGCGGGUACUGCGGCGCGGCCUGCAGAUACGCAAGGGCGCCCGACCAAGACGAAUGUGUCAGGCAGUGUGAAAAUAACGACCGUGCCAGCCAGAUGGCUAGGUCCGUCGUGAAGGAGGGAUGGAGAAGAGACAAGGUGGCGUUUCUGAAGUGGGCCAGGGUUCAGGGCUUGAUUUGA